CUCAUCGCAAUGCUUAUCUAGCCUACGUUUUGCAAUGCACCUAUCGCCGCGCGGUGCGUGCCGGGAGGAGCAGGGGGGAUAAAGAUGGCGACGCGCGGGCUGAGUCUGACUGAGCUAUCCAGUGGAAAUCCUGUAUAUGAAAAAUACUAUCGACUGGUGGACCCUGGCAACACGGGUCAGGUGGGCGCCGCACAAGCAGUGGUCUUUUUAAAGAAGUCCGGAUUGCCCGACCUGACGCUAGGCAAGAUUUGGGAAGUCGCCGACCCGGAGGGCAAAGGCUACCUUGAGAAACAGGGCUUUUACGUGGCGCUGAGGCUGGUGGCGUGUGCGCAGAACGCUCUCAAUGUCUCCCUGAGCAGCCUCGACUUCCCCGUGCCCGUCCCCAAGUUUGAGCUCGAUAGCCCAGCGAUGAUAGCUCCUCCUCAAGGCCCUGACAUCCCCUGGGCUGUAAAGCCGGAAGAGAAGGCCAAGUUUGACAGCAUCUACGACAGCCUGAAGCCCCAGAAUGGUCUCCUGUCAGGAGAGAAGGUCAAACCCGUGCUGCUCAACUCAAAACUUCCCGUGGAGACGUUGGGCCGGGUGUGGGACCUGAGCGACAUCGACAGAGAUGGUUUCCUUGACAGGGAUGAGUUUUCCGUGGCAAUGUACCUCGUGUACCGGGCCUUGGAAAAGGAACCCGUUCCACUCGCUCUGCCCAUCAAGCUCAUCCCUCCGGCCAAGAGGAAACCGGGUCUCGUGUCGUCCGCUUUCGCUCUGCCAAAAGUACAGAGCCAAGCGGUGAGCGCGGCGGAGAGACUCAAGUAUGACGAGAUGUUCACCAAACUGGACAAGGACGGGGACGGCCAGGUCACGGGCCUGGAGGUCAAGGAGGUGUUCAUGAAGACCGGCCUCUCUCCUGCCGUCCUCGCUCAGAUCUGGGCGCUGAGCGACACACGGCAGUGCGGCAAGCUGACGAGGGAUCAGUUCGGCAUGGCCAUGCAUCUUGUGCAGGAGAAGAUUGGCAGGCGAGCCAGCCUCACCACCGGGACACCGCCCCCGCCGCCGGACCAAGCCAAAGCCACGACAGCCGCCACCGCAGCCACGGCUGUCACCACCUCCGCCACCGGCGAGCGGAGACCGUCGCGAACGGAGAGUCCACUUCUCCCUGGUGGGCUCACAGACUUCUCAGCAAUUAAAGCCCUGGAUGCCAUUUCAGACGUACACAGGGAGAAAAGCGCGGCAGAGGCUGAGAUCAAGGACAUCGAGGAAGCCAACAAGCAUCAUGCGGCCGAAGUGCAGGAGCUGCAGAGCGAGUUGGAGAGAGAGAGCAGUCGACUCCGAGCGCUGGCGGCCACGCGGGAAGAGACGGAGCGGCGGGCGUCCGAGCUCGAGACGGAACGAGCAGAGUUAACCGAGAGACUGGCCGACACGCGGCGGCAGUGCCAGAAUGAGACCAACCUGAUCUCGUCGCUGCAGGCGCAGCUGGUGCAGCAUGAGGAGGGCGUGCGCACCGGCCGCCACGAGAUGGCCGAGGCUCAGGCGCUGCUCGCGAGCCUGCGGCAGCAGCGCUCACGGCUUGAGCAGGAGGUGCAGGCGAGCGGCGCGCGCCUCGACGCCGUCACCGCCUCCGUGGCAGAGGCGCAGAGCGAGGUGGGGCAGACUAAGGUGUGCUUGACGGAGCUCAUCCACAAGAGCGAGCGACGCAGCAUCCGUCGCAGCGUCAGCCGCCAGAGCAACACGAGCACCAAGUCGGGCUCGCCCGUGUCGCCCGGCCCGCCCGGCACGCCGCCCAUGCGGGCCUUCCGCUUGCCGUCCACGACCACCGCCGCCACUGCCAUCACCGCCAACAACAACAAUGCCGUUAACAACAAUAACAACGCCAUCGCCACUGCCUCGCGCAACACCACUCCUAGCGGCGCGGAGAACGGCGAACAACCGGAUGCGGAGACGAGCAGCCUUGGGGAGACGGUGGAUGGCAGAACGUCGUCCGAUCACGACCGCGCGGCCGUCGGCGCCACCACCAACAGCAGCCCUGUGAGUUCCAUGAGUGGGCUGAGCGUGAGUUCCGGCAUCACAGAAACCAAGAUGGAGGAGAACAACCCGGAUCUGGAUGAUCCGUUCCGCAGCGCUCCACCCAUAUUUGCAGACUCUUCACUCUUCUCCUCCAGCGAUCCGUUCAAGGCGGACGAAAUAUUCAAAGACCCCUUCAAAGGCCAUGACCCAUUUAAGAGUGACCCCUUUGCAACGGACGACACUUCUCCAGGCUUCUCGUCGGACCCGUUUGGCGGAGACCCCUUCAAGGACAGCGACCCGUUUGCGGCGAGCGAGCCAGAGGAGAAGUUCUUCAACGCGAGCGCCGUUCCUGCCGCGGCGCCGGCUCGGAACAUCAGCAGUGACGAUGCCUCCCAGGACGACCCAUUCAGCGCCUUGAACUCUGAUCCCUUCGUCAUGACCGUUGAGACCUCUGCCGCUCCCACCGCUUCUGCGGAUCCGUUUAAAAGCAACGACCCCUUCAAGCCAGGAGGAGUUUCGAUUGGCAAGGCCUCUGCCAGUGACCCCUUUGCGACAGUGGAUGGGUUUGAGGAUGCAGGCUUUGGCGACUCUUUUGCCGACUUCAGCCAGAUGUCGUCGCCAAACACGAACUUGCCUCCUGAGGACGAUAACAACGACGGUGCGGGCACGCCGCCGGAGCCUCCGCCGCGAACCGCCGCGGUUAUCGCGGGAGGGCAGCCGCCGGCCUCCUCCUCCUCCUCCAUCGCCGUGGAGGAGCGGGUGGCGCUGGAGUGGGAUGCAAAGGAGCGCGAGUCGCCCGUCGUUCCGCCGCGCAAAAGCAAGACGCCAAGCCCCGUCGCGGUCGCCCCCAAGGAGGAAGUUCUGUUGCUCAAACGCAGCGAGUCGUCAAGGUCUGACAAGGCCGAGGUUGAACACAAAAUCAGCAACACCUCCAGCCCGGAUCCAUGCACAGGUGUCCCCGGUGCGGGCAGCGAUGCCGUGAAGGCGUUGGGGAAGACGGGAAGCUUUGACGACCCCUUUUCUGGCUCCGACCCGUUCGCCUCCAACUCGCCCAAGAAUCCGGCUGCCAACACAGGCGGCAAGUUACCAGCGUUCAAAAAUGUGAGUUCUGCCAACCCGCCUGUGCGGUGUGUCGUCCUCGUCAGAAUCGCGAAUCGACAGACACCGCUGCAUCCAACCAGGCGAGUGUCCUCGGGCGACAAAGGUGGCGCUGGAAGGGCCCGUCUUGAGUUCCAAGCGGCAAAUUUGUGUUGUGUGUCUGUGCGUGUGCCAGUAGCACCGUGGGGGUCAGCGCGCACUGUGCCACGAACCCAACGACCUGGGUUCUAUUCCUGGCCAAGAUUGACGACGGUGUCGAGUGGUAUCUGAACCGGUCCUCGGUCUCCGCUAAGGUUACUCGAUCAGAAUGAAUUACCUGGUGUAGUGCGUAAGACAAUUGGGACUGUGGCGACGAAAGGUGGCCUAGGCAUGCACGAGAGAGUAAGUUCCCCGCGAAGAUGGGGUGAUGGUGUAAUCGGCUCGUGUGCUGGAACUUUGACGGACUUGUUCCCAGAUCUGGGGUCAGUUAUAAGUACAAUUGCACAACAGUACCUUGAGCUGAAAAUGACAGUUACAUUGUGAUUGCAAUUCAUUAACGACUGUGAAGUGUGCCACUGCGUGCCGGGCGGGACUGGUUGUUGUCGCCCUGCACGUGCUGGAGGAGGAGGCUGUCACAUGGCUCUGUUGCUACGUGGGCUGACGUCCAGUCGCUUAUAACAUUGACAUACUACAUUAGUAUGUAGUUGUAUUUAAUUAAUAACUUAACUUGCAAAUCUGGUGCUCUAACUGUAAAAGUCACGCGUAAAAGCAUUCGCUAAAUACAUUCACGAAACGCGCCGUUGCAGUUGCAAUUGGCGGCAGGUUUUGUUGGGUGCAUCGUGAUUCCCGCACCUUCGAUUAUCAGGGUUGGCAACAUACGAUGGGAAAGAAGUGCGACAUACGUACAUACAGCUGGCGACGGCUUGCGGAAGCCAUCGUCCAGCAGUGACGAUAGAUCACGGCUGGGUGACAGUGAGGAUAUAGUAAUAGGUUUUACCCUUUUAACUGGCACAAAAACUGACACCUUUAUUCAAGGCAUCAUGACAGUGAGGAUGUUUUGCCCCUUGGGGUUUAUCCUCAGCUGAGCUAGCCCACCAUCAACUGAGGUGCACGCUGCCGACUGGAUACCGAUUUGUGCGUCCGUGCGUAUGUC